AUGUCAAGUCCAUCACCUCAACAACAGAAACGUGUGGUCGAUUUGAUCGUAAUCGGAUGCGGAAAUAGAGGAAAGAAUUAUGCCCGAUAUACCAAAGAACAUCCCGAUCAAUGCCGUCUUGUAGCCAUUGCUGAACCAAGAAAAUACGUGAGAGAAUGGAUGAAAGAGAUUUACAAUUUGAAUUCCGAAUGUUUGUUCAAUGAUUGGCAAAGCCUUUAUUCGUAUUUAUUGGAAUUUCAAAAAGAUCAUGACCUCUCGAAGGAUGAAAACAAAAGACAUCCUCCCUUUCUAGAUCCUACUCAUGAAAAGACGGUCAUUAUUUGCACUCAAGAUCAAUACCAUGUGGAACCAGCUUUGGCUUUUGCAAGUUUGGGAUUUCAUAUUCUGUUGGAAAAGCCAAUGGCAGUGAAAGCAGAGGAUUGUAAACGAAUUACAAAAGCAGUGGAGGAGAAUGGUGUAAAGUUUGCUGUUUGUCACGUGUUGAGAUAUUCCAUUUAUACACAACGAUUGAAAGAAAUUUUGAAUUCAGGGUUAAUUGGAAAUAUUAUUAAUAUCCAACAUUUGGAGCCUGUUGGAUGGUUUCAUUAUGCUCAUUCCUAUGUGAGAGGAAAUUGGAAUAAUGAACAAACUUCAUCACCCAUGCUGUUGGCCAAAUCUUGUCAUGACAUUGACUGGUUGUGUCACGUGAUGACUCCUCAUAAGGUGGUGCAAGUGUCAUCUUUUGGCUCUCUCAUGCAUUGUCGAAAGGAAAACAAACCAGAAGGUGCUGCCUCAAGAUGUUUGGAUUGUCCCUCAAGUAUUGAAGAGAAGUGUUGCUAUUCGGCUAAAAAGAUUUAUUUAGAUACUGUGAAAGCAGGACACACUGGUUGGCCUGUUUCCAUCAUUAUUGAAUCGGGAGAAGAACCUACUGUGGAAAAUGUGAGUCAAGCUUUGAGAGAUGGGCCUUAUGGAAGGUGUGUCUAUGAAUCUGACAACAAUGUUGUUGAUAAUCAAGUGGUCUCACUUCAAUUUGACAAUGGAGCGACAUGUACAUUUACAAUGAUCGCCUACUCGAAAGAAAUUUGUGAACGUAAAACGAGAAUAUAUGGCACACUUGGAGAGUUGGAAAUUAUUGGUAACACAAUUCAUCAUUUUGAUUUCUUAACACAAACGUACAAGAAAAUUGAGCUGGACAAUGAAAUUCCUAAAACUAAUUUAAGUGGACAUGGUUAUGCUGACUAUUAUUUGAUGAAAAACUUUAUUGAUGCUAUAUGUGAGAAUGAUUCGAGCAAAUUGCUUUCGAAUGCUCGCGAAACUCUGAAUUCUCACCUUUUAGUGUUUACAGCAGAAGAGGCUCGUCAUUCAUCAACCGUGAUUAAGGUCAAUGACCACGUGGAUUUGACAAAUGUAAAUUCGAGCCCUCCAACAGUGUCGUGUGACUCUCGUGGCAGCAGUAACAGCAAAUGUGAACUAAAUUAA